AUGAGCCAGACGUAUUCUUUGAUAGACUUUGAGGAAGUUAACUCUGUUGGACAAGACUCUACUUUAAGUGAGGAUAUCGAGGAAAUUUUGGGUGAUAAUCAGCUCACCUUGCGCCCAAAACGCCCACAGCUCGGUGGGACAGCGUGUAAAGAGGAAAAUGAAAGCUCAAGUAAUGAUAUAUUCGACCUGUCUACCCUUCAGCGCCGUCAGGCUGAAAUCGCCCGUGCAAGAAAACUGCUGGAUGAACAGGAGGAUGUGGUCAGAUCGAAGUUACGCCAGGCAAAGGACUUACAAGAAGAUGCUUCGCAAGGCAGUAGCGUAACGGCGGCAAAGUCGCAUAAUUCGAUGGAUCAACCGGAUCUAUCUCGAGCCCUGAUGAUGAUGGCUAGUUCAUUGGAGAGAGGACCUCUACCGGCUCGUGAGCUCCCAAAGUUUGGAGGUAAUGUUCUGCAGUUUCACGCGUUCAUGUCGGAGUUUAACGAUAACAUUGGAAACCGGGUUAAUGACGCAAGCACGAAGUUGAACUAUUUAAGAAGUCUUUGCUUUGGCGAGGCCUAUGAAGCUAUAAAAUCGUGUGUGGUAAUCAAGCCAGCCGAGAAGGGUUUAGAAAAGGCCAUUUCAAUUUUGUAUGACCAGUUUGGACAGCGACAUCAAAUCGUCAAGGCUCAUCUCAACGUAUUGAUUGGUAAGUGGUCCACGUGUUGCUGA